CCGCCCAAGCCAGGUGUUGCAUUCAAUUGAAGCGCGAGCCCCUCGUGUCUAUGGAGAGGCGCGAGAAGGAGGGUUGAAUCCGUGUUGCGGAGCUCGCGCACCCUGACUCUGUCUGAACCUGCCUCUCGAGCAACAACAAGUUGACAAUUUUGAAUGAUCCUCUGACAGAAACGGAUUAUAUUAACGGAUUUUUAAUUCUUUGUUAUCGUUUUCUUGGCCUCUUCAGUCAGCGGAUUUUGUCUUUUUGUGGCAUCUUUUCUGAACGUUACAGUAAAACGGGAAUUAACGUGAUUUGGGCUUUUGUUUUCUUUGCUCUACAGCGGCAUGCGCAAAUAGGAAAGGAAUGGCAAAGUAAACGGACCCAGUUGUGCCAACGACGCGCGAGCCGUUUUGGGGGGGGGUUAUACAGUUUAAAUAGAUUACAUAGCCUAUAUAUUUUUUUUUUCUGCUGCCUGACACCGCGUGCACCCUGAACCUCCGCCUUUUGCUUGUGACUGAUCCCGGCUGCCCGUGGCGCCGCGGCACCCUGAUGGUGCGGACGGUCGGCGCACGGUGGCUCGAGCUGCCGUUUGGACACGCCGCCCGGUGAUUCAGCCUUCAGCACGGAGACACUGUGCAUGGUGACGAUGAAGAUGAUGAUGGUGAGGAUACGCGGUUGAUUCCGGGAGAUGCUUUUCCACUUGAGUGGGAUUUAUGUGCUGUUUCUUAAGUGGAAUCGUUCGCGUGACGAUGACCUCCAACCGCGCUUUACCCCGUGCUGCGCUCGCCCCAAAAUCUUCGAGCUAACCGUUCCUACAGCCGGGAACUGCGGGAAGGGAGGGAUAAUAUUAGCCGACGCAACCGUAAGAAGAACACAAUAACAGCAGCAGCAGCAGCAGCAGCAACAAGCGGCAGCAGUGAUGGAGCUGUCCGAGGUCCGGUGCUCCAGCGCGAGCGAGGAGCUGUACACCAUCAACAAGACGCCGAGUAGCAGCAACAACAGCAGCAGCAGCGGUAGCGGUGGCGGCGGCGGCGGCGGCGGCAGCGCGCGACCCAAACGCCUGCUGUGGCAGAACGCGGUGCGGCACAUCACAGAGCAGCGGUUCAUCCACGAACAGGGCGGGGGAGGCGGGGCGGCGGUGAAGGACGAGCCCUACGACCCGAGCCAGGGCGCGCGGAAGCACUCUGCGGGGCGGACGUCGGUGGGAGACCGGCACAACAACGGUGGCACCAAGGUGUUCCCGGCGGAGCGCGCGAGCAGCGACCUGGGCUUCCUGCAGAUCGACUGCGCGCCGAGCAACUCGGACUUUUUCCUGAACUGGGGCUACACAUACCGGGGCGUCAUCUUCCCCACACUACGGAACUCCUUCAAGUCCCGCGACCUGGAGCGGCUCUACCAGCGCUACUUCCUGGGCCAGAGGCGCAAAUCCGUGGUGGUGAUGAACAUCCUGGACGUGGUGACGAAGCUCACGCUGCUGGUGCUGCACCUGACGCUGGCCUCCUCCCCGAUGGACCCGAUCAAAGGCACGCUCCUGGGCUUCUUCACGGGCAUCGAGGUGGUCAUAUGUGCCUUAGUGGUGGUGCGGAAGGACACCACGUCGCACAGCUACCUGCAGUACAGCGGCGUGGUCACGUGGGUGGCCAUGGCGACGCAGAUCCUGGCGGCCGGGCUGGGCUACGGGCUGCUGGGGGACGGGGUGGGCUACGUGCUGUUCACGCUGUUCGCCACCUACAGCAUGCUGCCGCUGCCGCUCACCUGGGCCAUCAUGGCCGGCCUGUUCACCUCAGGGCUCCACAUCCUGGUCCAGAUGCUCAUCUCCCAGAAUGCACCGCUCUCCACCAACCAGGUAGCGGCUCAGGCUGUGUUGUUCAUGUGUAUGAACACCGCUGGGAUAUUCAUCAGUUACCUGUCGGACCGCGCUCAGCGGCAGGCCUUCCUGGAGACGCGGCGAUGCAUCGAGGCUCGGCUGCGACUCGAGACAGAGAACCAGAGACAGGAGAGACUGGUGUUAUCAGUCCUGCCACGUUUUGUAGUUUUGGAAAUGAUCAACGACAUGACAAAUGUAGAGGACGAACACCUCCAGCAUCAGUUUCACAGAAUCUACAUCCACCGCUACGAGAAUGUCAGCAUUCUUUUCGCAGAUGUUAAAGGCUUCACAAACCUCUCCACGACGCUGUCAGCGCAGGAGCUGGUGCGAAUGUUGAAUGAACUCUUUGCACGCUUCGACCGCCUCGCACAUGAGAACCACUGUCUACGGAUAAAGAUCCUGGGAGACUGUUACUACUGUGUGUCUGGUCUCCCCGAGCCCAGACAGGACCACGCCCACUGCUGUGUGGAAAUGGGCCUCAGCAUGAUCAAAACCAUCAGAUAUGUGAGAUCACGUACGAAACACGACAUCGACAUGCGUAUUGGGAUCCACUCAGGAUCGGUGUUGUGCGGUGUGCUGGGACUCAGGAAGUGGCAGUUUGACGUCUGGUCCUGGGACGUCGACAUCGCCAACAAGCUGGAGUCUGGAGGGAUCCCAGGGAGGAUUCACAUCUCCAAAGCGGCUCUGGACUGUCUGAACGGCGACUACGAGGUGGAGGAGGGUCACGGGAAGGACCGCAACGACUUCCUGCGCCGCCACAACAUCGAGACGUACCUCAUCAAGCAGCCGGAGGAGAGCACGCUCAGCCUGCCCGAGGACAUCAUGAAGGAGUCGGCCAGCUCGGCGGACCGCCGCGCCAGCAGCACCACGUUUAACGAAGCGUCCUGGAGCCCCGAGCUUCCCUUCGACAACAUCGUCGGGAAGCAGAAUUACUCCCAGAUGAGGGACGAGGUGUUCAAGUCCAACCUGGUGUGCGCCUUCAUCGUGCUCAUCUUCAUCACCACCAUCCAAAGCCUGCUUCCCUCUGCCAGGAUGGUAACCAUGGUGAUCCAGUUCUCAAUCCUCAUCGUCCUCCAUUCCUGUCUGGUCCUAGUUACCACGGCGGAAGACUACAAGUGUCUGCCUCUGGUCCUGCGCAAAGCCUGCUGCUGGAUCAACGAGACGUACGCAGCGCGAAACGUCAUCAUCUUCAUCUCGAUCCUCAUCAACUUCCUGGCAGCCAUGAUCAAUAUACUGUGGUGCGACUUCGACAAGUCCAGCACCUUGAGGAACCAGACGUACAACGAGUCAGUCUCCAUCCCAGACAUCUGCUUCUACCCAGAGUAUUUUGUGUUCACGGGGGUCCUGGCGAUGGUGACGUGCGCCGUCUUCCUUCGGCUGAACUCGGUGUUGAAGUUGGCGGUGCUGCUGGUGAUGAUCGCCAUCUACGCGCUGCUCACGGAAGCUUUCUACACCUCGCUGUUUGUCCGCUACGACACCGUCCACCACAACACAGAAAAUUUCCUGGGGACCAAAGAGACGUCUUUGCUCCUGAUGGCCAUGUUCCUCCUCGCUGUGUUUUACCACGGCCAGCAGCUGGAAUACACGGCGCGGCUGGACUUCCUGUGGCGUGUCCAGGCCAAAGAGGAGAUCAACGAGAUGAAGGAGCUGCGGGAACACAACGAGAACAUGCUGAGGAACAUCUUGCCAAGCCACGUGGCCCGACACUUCCUGGAGAAGGACCGGGACAACGAGGAGCUGUACUCCCAGUCCUACGACUCGGUGGGCGUGAUGUUUGCGUCCAUCCCGGGCUUCGCCGACUUCUACUCCCAGACUGAGAUGAACAACCAGGGAGUCGAGUGCCUCAGGCUCCUCAACGAAAUCAUUGCCGACUUUGACGAGUUGCUAGGCGAGGAGCGUUUCCAGGACAUCGAGAAGAUCAAGACGAUAGGCAGCACCUACAUGGCCGUCUCCGGUCUGUCGCCUGAAAAGCAGCAAUGUGAAGAUAAGUGGGGUCACCUGUGUGCGUUGGCUGACUUCGCCAUCGCCCUCAACGAGAGCAUCCAGGAGAUCAACAAGCACUCAUUCAACAACUUCGAGCUGAGGAUCGGGAUGGCCCACGGCUCGGUGGUGGCAGGCGUGAUCGGCGCCAAGAAGCCCCAGUACGACAUCUGGGGGAAGACGGUGAACCUGGCGAGCCGCAUGGACAGCACGGGGAUCAGCGGCAAGAUUCAGGUGCCCGAGGACACCUACCUGAUCCUGAAGGAGCGCGGCUUCGCCUUUGAGUACCGCGGCGAGAUCUACGUCAAGGGCAUCAGCGAGCAGGAGGGCAAGAUCCGCACGCACUACCUGCUGGGCCGCGUGCAGCCCAACCCGCUCAUCAUGCAGCCGCGGAAGAUCACGGGCCAGUACUCGCUGGCGGCCGUGGUGCUCGGCCUGGUGCAGUCGCUGAACCGCCAGAAGCAGAAGCAGAUCCUAAACGACAACAACAACUCGGGCAUCCUGAAGGGCCACCACCACUACAACCGGAGGACGUUGUUAGCGCCCGGCAGCUCCGAGGUGGGAGCGGGACAUCACCCGGAAGCAGCUGAUAAGACUGAGCUGUCCUGAAGGGCACACGGGAGUUUUAGUUCCACACUCUGCAGGCAGAAUAAAUUCCAGAGGUUGAGUUAAACGUCAGCGGAUGAGGCUUUCUUUUAAGAUUUUUUUUUCUUUUUCUGGCAUUUUAGGCCUUUAUUUGACAGGUCAGCUUAUACAUUUAAGGGGAGAGAGAGAGAGGGGGAACGACAUGCAGCAAAGGGCUGCAGG